AUGAUGGGGAGAUCAGCAUCAGCAUCAGGUUGGUGUGAUGAAAAGAGCAGCUCAGUAAAGAAAGGGCCAUGGACACCGGAGGAGGAUGAAAAGCUGGUGGAAUACAUAAAAAGAUAUGGGCAUGGGAGUUGGAGAGCUCUGCCCAAGCUUGCAGGCUUGAACAGGUGCGGAAAGAGUUGCAGGCUCAGAUGGACCAACUAUCUCAGGCCUGAUAUCAAGAGGGGAAACUUCUCCCAGGAAGAAGAGCAAACCAUCAUCAACCUCCAUGCUCUUGUUGGAAACAAAUGGUCGGCCAUAGCUAAUAAUCUUCCAGGAAGGACGGAUAACGAAAUCAAGAACUUUUGGAAUACUCAUUUGAAGAAAAAGUUGCUCCAAAUGGGCAUCGAUCCUGUUACCGACAGGCCAAUCACAGCUAAUAAUAGUGAUAAUAUUCAUAAUCUGUACUAUCUCAUGAUCAAUCAUAUUCUCUCCAGUUUGGCACCGCAGUUGCUUGCUUCUUCUGGCACAUGCAGCAGCUUGGCUAAUAAUAAUUUGAUGAUGAAUAUGAAUCCAUGGGGUGCUGAUCUCAUGAGGCUCCACUACUCCGACGCCAAAAUCCAAGUCCUGCGAAACAUACUAGUACAACAACUCCUAAGCAGCACUAGCACUCCAAAUGCGGAAGCAGCUUUUAAUUAUCUUUUGCCAUCGUAUUCAUCAUCAUCAGUUCAUGAUCAUAUUGAUCAUGAAUAUUCAAGAGUCAGUAUUAAUCAUUAUAAUUAUUUUCCUCAUCUCCAAGGUUUUGGCAACGGCGGCGCCCCAAUUGGUUUUGUUCCACAAAAUCCCACUCAUGCUAGUGCUCAGCCGUCCAACUUAAGUUCAAACAUUUCAGGCCUACUCAAAGCUCUUCAUGAUCUUGAUCAUAGCCAGCCGCCACGUGCACCCCCGGUACUAGUACCAUCCAGCGGCAGCGGGACCGGGACGUCUGAUAAAUUAUUGGGAUAUGAUGAUCAUGCAACCGUCUUCUCUAGUACUACUGGCUCAAACAAGAUUUGUACCAACAACAACAACAACAACAACAGAGAUCAUAGCCAGCAGCUUCAGCUUGGAGGUAGCUCAUCAUCAUAUGCAACUCCAACAGAUCAAUUACCACUUUUGGUCCGCUCAGCUGCACCCUCUCCCGAAACUUCCGCUGCCAAUCCCACUGUGGAAAACAAUAUCUCAAAUACUACUUAUUCAACCACCUUUGAAGCUUGGGGGAAUCCUCCUGAUCUUAUGGAUCACGACGACGAUGCAACUAAUCACUCCUACUGGAAAGACAUCUUCAUGGAGUAA